CUUCUGUCAGAUUACAAGCUAACACAUAAAAUGCAUCCAAGAGUAGUGCUGCUAAAGUGCUUCUCUCUGAAUGUUGGGUAUAGUGUUUUAUCGGAUUAGGACAUCACAUUCCCAGCCCUGACAGAGCUUUUGUUUGUUAUAUUUAUAGCAGCUUCUGGUCAUUGUUGAGCAAAGGAGAUUGCCCUGCCCUCUGGCCCUCUCCUAAGCAGAUUUUGGGCAGAAGCUCUUCUCAUGUGGCACUAAUUGAAAUGAUUGGUGGAGGGGGUGUUGUGAGAUCACUGUGCCUGACUCAGGCUUAUCUGCCAGGGGCUAAGCAAGAGAAGGAAAAAAAAAAAAAAGCAAAGCUUUGCCUCAUUCCAGAAAGGCUCAGGGCUCCUGGCCAUCUGUCCUCAGUAGGAAUCAGGAGACACAUAGGAGGACUGCACUCAGUGUGACCGUGCAGAAGAAAGAGCAUUGUUCAGGAACUCUUACUGAGCAGGGGGGGAAUAUUCUUUGGAUUUACCGUGUCUUCUCUGUAGAAGCUAAAAGAAAUAUUGCAAGGAACUUGACUGAUUAAAUAACAAAGAAGAUCUGCAAAGUGUUAAAGAGAAGUGCCGGAAAUGAACGUAAACGAUGCAAAUGCUCCAGAGGGGGGUCUUAACGUCACAUUAACCAUACGGUUAUUAAUGCAUGGAAAGGAGGUAGGAAGCAUUAUCGGAAAGAAAGGGGAGACCGUUAAAAAGAUGAGAGAGGAGAGUGGUGCUCGAAUCAACAUUUCUGAAGGCUCCUGCCCGGAACGGAUUGUGACAAUAACAGGGCCAACAGAUGCAAUUUUUAAAGCAUUUUCAAUGAUUGCACUUAAAUUUGAAGAGGAUAUUAAUGCUUCCAUGACAAACAGCACGGUGACAAGCAAACCCCCUGUAACACUAAGGUUGGUUGUCCCAGCAAGUCAGUGUGGGUCCCUUAUAGGCAAAGGAGGAUCUAAAAUUAAAGAGAUAAGAGAGUCCACAGGUGCCCAGGUUCAAGUGGCAGGCGACAUGCUCCCGAACUCCACAGAGCGUGCGGUUACUAUAUCAGGAACGCCCGAUGCCAUCAUUCAGUGUGUGAAGCAAAUAUGUGUAGUCAUGCUAGAGUCGCCGCCGAAAGGUGCCACCAUUCCUUAUCGCCCCAAACCAGCCUCUGGUCCUAUUAUAUUCGCUGGAGGCCAGGUAAGGGCGGACACAAUUUUGGCCUCAGCUGGAAAUCACACAGUCCUGGCUCAACACCAACCAGCACCUGCAUUUGCAAUUCAGGGGCAGUAUGCUAUCCCACAUCCAGACUUGACCAAGCUUCACCAGUUGGCUAUGCAGCAUUCCCCCUUUACUCCCCUUGGGCAGACCACCCCUGGUUUCCCUGGCCUGGAUGCCACUUCUCCAACCAGUUCCCAUGAACUUACUAUUCCCAAUGAUUUAAUAGGUUGCAUUAUUGGCAGACAAGGCAGUAAGAUAAAUGAAAUCAGGCAGAUGUCAGGAGCACAGAUCAAGAUUGCGAAUGCUUCAGAAGGCAACGGAGAGAGACAAGUUACAAUCACAGGAUCCCCUGCAAAUAUCAGCUUAGCACAGUACCUCAUUAAUGCCAGUCUAGUGAUGCUUCCCACUUUGCUGUGAGACUGGGCUGAAGAAUCCGGGGGUCUCAGACAUCAUGUGCUAAAAUGCAGUAGGAAGAACAAGAAAGGCACAACCUUCCUUGAGCAUCAUAGAUUUCACUGGAUUUUUGUUUUCAACUUAUAAUUUAUUUCCUAUUUUGGAUUUUUUGGUUAAAAACCUUGCAAUGUUCCCUGUAAGACAAUGACUCUUUGCUUUCCAUGUAGACCAUACCUAUUUCAUUUAAAUUUAUCUUUAAAAAUGGUUUUCCCCUAUGUUUGAGUUCAAUUCAUAUGAAAAUAGAUCAUUUAUUUUCCUCUAAUGAGAUAAAAUCUCGAACACUUGAUUGAUAUUGGGAAUGCAAAUGUCUCUUCUACUAUUCAAAUUGUUUUCCAGGAUAAAUUUCACAAAUUGAAUCUACUGCAUGUUCUAAAGGGCUUGAUGUCAGGUGAAGGGUGCCAUUAUUUUGAAGUUAUGUCUUUAGGUUAUUGAAUACAGAGAAAAGUAAAAAAAAAAAAAUGAAUAGACAAUCCAUAAACAAUAAAUAGUUUACAGUGGGUUUGAUGAGCAAGAUACAUUGAUUUGUAUCCAUAGGGAACCACUAAAAAUAGGUUGAGAACCGAAAUACUGCUGUUAGACAAUAGACAUUCUUAUUUAUUUAAUUUUUUUUUUUUUUUAAAUAUUAUCGUUUCUAUAUUUUUUAAAAAGUGACUUUUUGGACAAAAUAGGAUUGGGAAUACAAACCAUUCUUGUGUCCUAUGAAAGAAAAACUCAAUCAGAGUUUAAUACAUUUUGUGAAAUGCAAAGAAACAUAACAAUUUAUUCAAAUUAAAAAAGUAGCAAAUUGUGUUUAACAUUUUUAUGUUCUGUAUAGCCAACAGAUUUUAAAACAUAACUUUGUAGAAAAGUGUAUAGUUGAGUUACUUUAUUCUACCUUCAAUUUACUUUGAAUAAUACCCAAAUUCAUGAUUAUUGUUAGGUUCCCAAAAUAUUUAAUGUACCUCCCCCCACACACACUUACUAAGAUCAUUUUUAUAGUGUGUAGCAUUCAAAGAAUCUGAAUUAUCUUAUAAAUACACAACAGCUGUUAGCAGAGAAUAGCUGUAGUCUGUAAUAUAUCAAGUAAAUAGAUGGUGAUUCCAUACACCAGUGUUCUAUUAGGCAAUGCUCAAUUACGACAAUCCAAGCGCCAGAAUUGUACUGUGCACCAGUAAAGCACACCCCUAACACUUAUCUACAGCUAUGCCUAAAUUUUCCCUUACAAAGAUGGAGAUACAAAAGAGAUUUUAUAGAGAAAAAUGUAAGAGUUCAUGAUCCAGAUUUACUUACAUUAUCAAAUUGACUUAGUUUUCUUGGUAUCCUUUCUUGAAAAGCAAAUAAUUAACAGUUUACAUAAGUAUUAGAGUCUGUGAUUACCCAACUGCUGUACCAUGAUACAGGAGACUGGGGGAUUACAAUUCUAUAAAAAAGUUAAAUAAUUUGUAGCACAAAUAAAAGUAUCAGGGGAAAUACUAUUAUAACUGUGUGUGUAUUACUAUAAUAUAAGAUUUGACACAACAGCAAUGAGCCUCUGAAGAUAGAUGUGCAGUGAUAAUCAAUCAUCAGUGCACUGAAUAACUAUAAAUACCAUCAUAAAAUAUGCAGAAAGUACUCCGAACUGCAAGACUACAUGUUUAAAAGAAUAGACAAUUAAAUCACUAUUAAAUAUAUUGUAGGUAGAAUCCCACUUCUGGAUGCAACAUAACAAUUAUUAAAAUAUGUUCUGAUGUGUAUUAUUAAAUGUUUCAUGUAACAAAUGAAAAUAAAUAUAUUCAGAUAUCUUUGAUAAAUAACCUUGUUUGUAUGUUUCAUGUGACAAAUUAAAAUAAACAUGUAAAAGUAUCUAUAAUAAAA